UUUGGAAAAAUAACUAUAAAUUAUCAAAGUAGUAAUUUGUUCUUACUAACUACAUAAUUGAAUAUCCAACCAUUGAAGUAUAGUGAAGUAAUGUGUUCUAUACACGUUUUAAUAUUUUAUUGGGACAUUUAAUUCUUUUAAGUAGGUCAUUGAAUUUUUUUUUAAAUACAUCUGAAAGUUGAAGUUAUUAAAAUGGAUAACCGUUCAAAGAAGUUACCUAAAUUUGGAACAUCUAAAGUUAUGUUUACUCCAAAUUUAGGAUAUAAAAGAAUUGUAGCAAAAGAUUCAGACCCACAAGUUAAGGUCGAAGUUAAAUUAGAACAUGAUUCUAAUUCAAGUGCUGAAUCGUCAUCACAAAAACAAAAAAAAAUUAAAGAAAGAUCUACAACACAGAUACAGAGUGUUUUUUCCAAUAUGAGUUCAACUGGUCAAGGGAAAUCAGGUUCUUCACGAAUGGGAUUAUCAUCUGGUUUUCGAUCUUAUUCAAAUCAGGGUAGUUUCAAUAGUUCUGGGUCUUUUGUUAAAAAUGCAUGUCAAAGUAUACAACAAAUGCAAAAUAUGAUGGAUGAAAAUCAAUUUGAUGUUGAUGAUCCAAUGGAUGAUUUGAAUAGACCUGUUAGGUUACCUUUCAUUAAAAAAGAUAGGAUGACACAAAUUAAGACUGAAAAUAGUUUAGAAUAUCCAUUUCAAAAGAAUAUCUAUCCCUCUUUAAGUGAACUGAUGGCACCAGAAUCAUUAACAAUUUUACAGUUUUAUGACAGUUCAUUUAGUAUUCAACAAAAAAUCACUGAUAUAAGUUUAACUGAAAAUGAUAAUAAUGAUACACCAGAUGAGACAGAAACUGAAACAAAAGUACCAUUAAUAAAAACAGAAUAUAAUAGUCAUAUUAAAGUUGAAAAUGAUUCAGAACGUAUCCAUAGUUCUCAGCCAAUAGGCAAAAUACAAUAUUAUAGAUCAGGCCGUGUGGUUUUAAUUUUUAAUGGAAAAGAAUAUGAAUUAUUAAAAGCCAAUGAAGAUAAACAUCAUAAGGAAUUAUUUAGCCUUACAAAAGUUGAAGCCGAGAGACCUGACAAAUUAGUGAGUUUAGGAACUAUUCCAGUACGAUUUAAAGCUGUUUUAGAUAUCAAAAGUAUAAUCAAUAAUUUCUUAAAAAAUACAAAUUAA